ACUGGGGACGAGGCAUUUGUGCCAAGUUUUUGAAGGGACACGCGUCAAAAUGACUUCCGUGCAGAGAUUUAGACACAUUUUUGUAGUGUUGGUGGCAACUGUGGUGUUUUUGUCGACGUUUUCGAUCACUGAGGUAAACGGCGUGCUGGGCGCGGAUCCCAUGUCGCUAAUGAGGAUUGUGAGGGAACUCUGUGGUUCGAAAAAGGAUGACGCGUUUGCGAAUGGAUUUUACGGGUGUUAUAGUUUACUAGAUGAGAAGGAAAAGUGCAUUUUUGACAACUGUCAAAAGAGUGUGUUUGGAUGUACGCUCAGUACAGUGAAGAAUAUCGAGUAUUCCUGCACCGUGCCUGAUAAGUUGCCCGUGUAUAUGGAAUGCCUUAUGAACCAGUUCAAAAUGUGUGCCCGUGAUAUAGUGAAAGCUGUAACGACGAUAAAUGUUUGUCAAGGGAGACUUUUAGGAUUGGAAUAGAGGGAUUUUCUAGUGCGACGCUAACUAAGCUACAAAAAUAGACUUAAACACGUAAUUAGUGCAAUUUGUAGUACGAAAUGUCUUGUAAUGUUGGGAAAUAAAGGAUGUACAAAAAAAUGA